AUGCAGCAGCUUUAUCCUGUAUAUUUAUUUAGUCUUUCCACUUCGCAAUUAGAUAUCAAUGCUAACUCCUUGCCUGACUCCACGCAGCCGAAUGCAGCUAAUGCCUCACCUGUCAACGUAUCCAUUGGCCCAUCAACCUCAACAAGUAUCAUUCUGCAGAGCAGUUUCGGGUCCGACACUACACCUGACACCAGUUGUGACUCGUGCGCGUCCAUAUCAAACGAUGACAUUGAACUCCAACAGGCGCCAACAGGUCGGACGAUAGAGCAGCCCAAUCUUUCGAGCAGAGAAAACGCAACACUGGUUCCACAUUUCUUGACACUGGAGACGCCAAGAACCAGCCAACUCAGAGGCUACUUUAGGCCGACACUGCCGACCAAUACCGGUCGUCUCGAAGCAACCAUGGGAACACAAACCUCGACGAGGUCGGUUUGUGUGCCGCGGCGGUUGGUGGGGUCGAGCCGUCAGCCAAUCAGUCCACGUUUGAAGACGAGUUUUUACCUUAAAAACAUACUCUAUAAGACGGUGCCUUGCCGUGACUUUACCACCAACGGUAUCUGUCCCAGGGGUCUGCUGUGCAAGUUUGCCCAUGGGCUCGACGAUCUGCACGACCCAAUGCAACACCCACUCUACAAGACGUCCGCCUGCUUUGACUACCAAUUGACCGGCCAUUGUCCCCGCGGAGCCGGCUGUUUCCACGUGCAUGAUCCGGCCGAAACGCGUCCGAAGCCCGACUUCACAGUCACCCUUGCUGCAGCCUCUUCUGCCGGCAACUCUGUUGGCCGCAGCAAGUGUGCCUCGUUGGUGGGGGAGCUGGAACCGCGGCCAAUCAAGCCGGACGAGGCUCGAGGCAUGACUGGACCAAGAGGGAUCGCGCUGAAAACGGCGUUGCCCCCAUGCCUAAGUUUGGCUGAACCCGGCUCAGUUGCCGGUACACCAAUUACCAUGGGAACUCGUGCCCGACAACAGCUUGUUCAGCGUCGCCAGUCCGUUGGAUCCGCGACGCUCUGGACCGUCCAAACGCCGUCAAUGCCUUCCAGAUGGGCGCAGUUGGAUGCAAUGCCAACAGACCCAGAUCAGACUCCGGCCUGCCAGAGACGGCCGCCCGGACUCGAGCCCAGCCCGCUGGCACCUGGUUCAGGCGCAUCUAGAGAUGGUCUGGUCCUGCUGGCCGGACGGCCAGGGCAACCGGGUGAUCAGCCUCGGGUUUGUGUUCAGCUUACGCCCGACGAACUGUACCAAGUGAUGGCCAAUCGGGAGGCUGUGGCCAGCCAGGCCUCAUCGCGAGCUGCCCAAGGAGGCAUGGCAACUUCACAUGUUGGCAGCGUCGACGGCACGGAAACACUUUACGAUAGAUUUCUUGCUACAGCAGGCCAUGCUAGCGUUUCUAGUCAGUUGACCAAAAACUUAAUGAAUGCAAACACCUUUUAG